AUCUUGCCUGGCUUCUUCCCUGGAUCCUGGGAAGCUCGGGAACAGAUGGUGUAAUACAAAUUCAACAGCACUGAAGGAGAGCAGUCAUGGCAGGCGAUGCCAUCAUGGUGAUGAGAGGCCUGACGAAGCUCAGCAAGGCCGUGCUGGAAACCCAGGCAGGGCAGCUCCGGCAGACGCUCCUCGGGGGCGAUGCGGUUACCAUCGCCAAGGGCCUGCAGGCCGCUGCCGAGGAACGGUUCAGUUCUGCCAUGGGGAAAAUGCAGGAACUAGGCCAACAGCAGGAGAAUUUAACUGAUCUCACUGAUGAUUUUGGGAAAGACUAUGACUUCUCAGCACCAGAGCCAUCAAAUCCUUCAAUGGACUUCUCUGCUCCCCCCAGCAAGCACCAGGAACACAGCAGUGAGGGCCCUGCUCAUUCUUACACUACAAAUGGACCUUUUAGAAAUGUUGAUGAGACUGGAGAUUCAGGCCUGGGACAGAAGCCUUUCCCUGGCAAAAUGGAUGCACGGUUGUUUGGAGGCUUUAGGGACCCUGGAAAUCCUUUUGCUGCUGCCUUUGGACAAAACAGAGCUUUUCACCAAGACCAUUCUUCAGUUGGUGGACUGACAGCUGAAGAUAUUGAUAAAGCCAGACAGGCCAAAACUGGUUCAGAGCAGAAACCUUACAAACAGAUGCUCAGUGAACGGGCCCGAGAGCGCAAAGUUCCUGUCACACGGAUCGGAAGACUCGCCAACUUUGGAGGACUAGCUGUUGGUCUUGGCAUUGGGGCACUGGCAGAAGUUGCAAAGAAGAGCCUUAGACCUGAAGAACGCACUGGAAAGAAGGCGGUGAUGGAUUCCAGCCCGUUCCUGUCAGAGGCCAAUGCAGAAAGAAUCGUGAGAACUCUGUGCAAGGUCCGGGGAGCAGCACUGAAGCUGGGACAGAUGUUAAGUAUACAAGACGAUGCCUUCAUCAACCCUCAUCUCCAGAGGAUUUUUGAGCGUGUACGUCAGAGUGCUGACUUCAUGCCCAUAAAGCAGAUGAUGAAAACUCUGAACAAUGACCUUGGCCCCAACUGGAGAGAUAAGCUGGAAUCCUUUGAAGAGCGUCCCUUCGCUGCUGCAUCCAUUGGACAAGUUCACCUGGCACGCUUGAAAAAUGGGAAAGAAGUUGCCAUGAAAAUCCAGUACCCCGGAGUGGCCCAGAGCAUCAACAGCGAUGUUAACAACCUGAUGACUGUCCUGAGCAUGAGCAAUGUUCUCCCUGAAGGUUUGUUCCCAGAGCAUUUGAUUGAAGUGCUGAGCAGAGAGCUGGCCCUGGAAUGUGAUUACCAGAGAGAAGCUGCCUGUGCGAGGAAAUUCCAAGAGCUGCUAAAAGACCACCCUUUCUUCUACGUCCCGAGAGUAGUGGAUGAGCUGUGCAGCCAGCACGUCCUCACCACGGAGCUGGUGUCCGGCUUCCCGUUGGAUCAGGCUGUGGGGCUGAGCCAGGAGAUCCGCAAUGAGAUCUGCCACAACAUCCUGGUCCUGUGUCUGCGGGAGCUGUUUGAGUUCCGGUACAUGCAGACUGACCCAAACUGGUCUAACUUCUUCUAUGACCCACAGCUGCACAAGGUGGCCCUCUUGGACUUUGGAGCAACACGAGGCUUUGAUGAGAAGUUCACGGAUGUAUACAUUGAGGUAAUCAAGGCAGCUGCUGACAUGGACAGAGAAAGAGUGCUGAAGAAGUCAAUUGAGAUGAAAUUCCUCACUGGCUAUGAAGUCAAGGAAAUGGAAGAUGCCCACUUAAAUGCUGUCCUCAUCCUGGGAGAGGCUUUUGCCUCUGAGGAACCUUUUGAUUUUGGCAACCAAAGCACCACCGAAAAGAUCCACGGCCUCAUCCCAGUCAUGCUGAAGCAUCGGCUUGUCCCUCCGCCAGAGGAGACCUACUCCCUUCACCGGAAGAUGGGCGGUUCUUUCCUUAUCUGCACCAAACUGAAGGCCAAAAUCCCCUGCAAGAAGAUGUUCCAGGAGGCGUACAGCAAGUACUGGAGCAGCAGGGGCAAGAAGCCUGAGGAGUAGCGAGUGUGACCGAGCACCUCCUGUUCCGAGGGCGCAGUCCGGCUGAGCCUGGCAGGAGCUCUCCAGCCUCCUGAAGUGCCCCGGGAGCCGAGCGCCUUUCACCAGGACAACGUAGUUCUUUCCUGCUGUGUCUCUUCUCCGCUAAGACUCGCAGUGCAGCGCCCAGCUUGCAGGGAGCUCCUCCGAGUGCCGGGGCUCCGCGCGGCCGGACCCCCAGCGCCUCUUCAGCUGCGUGGCGGCCGGCUUGUACACGAGCAGGGCAAGGAGCACGGGCAGGACUUGCCAGUACUGAAACCUCUUUGUAAUCCUCUGAAAUUUGUUUUUUAAAAAGCCCCUCCCUUUUUCAAGCAAAGGUGAAAUUUAAGUAGUUUUCUUACUGUGAAUUAGAGGCAAAUAUUGAGAUGUACCCUACCACAGACACCCUCAGCCCUCUAUUUUUGUAAGUUAAGUGGUAGUAGUCCAAGAACCCGCCUGGAUCUUACUGAUUUAAUGGAAGGGGUGUGUGUGCGUGUGUGUGCGCGUGUGCAUAGGAUGAAGUUUUAUGCUUUCUGCCCCUUUUUGGCUUGCAAACUAAACAUAGGAAAUAAUAGACUUAAUGAGAAUUACAUUUUUUUUUUUAAACACACACACACACACACACACACACACACGCAGUCUGCACGCACAGCCCAUCUCCGUUCUGGGAGUCAAAUACAGCCUCAACAGAGCUGAUGGAGCACAAAUAGCGGGAUCCUUCACUGCCUGGUAGGUAUCAGCUUUCCUCACCACAAGUUACACGAGCUUCCGACUCUGGCACCCGUUGCUUGCUGGACUCCUAACCAAGAAGCUGGCUUGUCUCUCUUGCUGUCUGGUUUCCUGUAAUGCCAACGCGUGGCGAGGCAGGCCAACACUUCAUGUCUCAUGAGCAUUUUGAGCUUUUGCUGACAUGUCCUACAUGGUUAAAAGCAGACGCACAGUUUUAGACCAUUGGAGUCAAGC